UGCGCUGUUAAGUCCAAUGUACAAAUGUUUGAUCAGGACGUCGUGCAGUCGUUACGUUGCUGACGCUCUUAAUAACAGAAGAAACGCUGCAACAAAGCAAAAUAUUUCGCGCCGAAAAAGAAAACGGCAAAAACACGCAACAAAGUGCAGAAAAUAAAAACAAACGGCAGCUAAGAGUUGAAAAGUGCAGUUAAAAUGUUUUAAGUUACAAACGCGUCGAUUGUAUGUGCGCAUUGACUGCAGGGAAGGCAACGGCUACGGGAAAAUUUUAUGUGCGUGAGUGAACAGCGGCGCGUUUGUCUAAAGCAGCCAAGGUGUAGCAACACCCCCCACGCUCUUACCUCAUCUCAACUUGGAAAACACAAUGGCACCAACGAAAAAACGUGAGAAGGACAAUGCGGAUGGUAUGGGCGUUAUGGCAAACAGCAUUAAUGGAAACAACAGCAUGGGUAAUGCUAAUGGACAUAGUGCAGAUGCAAAUACAAACGAUACAUUGACAUCAACGCAGACGUUGGCAGCGCCAGCGACAACUGCAGCGCUUGAGAACCAUGUCAAGAUUAAUGGACAUCAACAAGAGCAGGAACUCUUUUUACAGGCAUUUGAAAAACCAACCCAGAUUUAUCGCUAUCUACGCAAUCGCCAUGAAACAAAUCCAAUUUUCCUAAAUCGCACACUCAGCUACAUGAAGGAGCGUUCCACACGCAACAACAAAAAACGCGCCACUUUUAAAAUCGAUUCCAUACUAGACACCAUUACACAAAAGUCUGAGGCUGUCCCCCAAAACUACCUGCAUAUAAUUUACGAUUCGCUGCAUGAGAAGAUGAAGCAUAACGAGAAGGAGCUGCCAGAGCAAGAGCAGCCGCUUGGUCUGGCGGGCAAAAGCGUCUGCGUGGAGACAAUGCUCUACAAGAUAACGCGCAGCAAGCGCAAGGAUAGCACUUUGGACUUUCAGGAGCUGCUUAGCAAGAGCUGUGAAAUAGUAUACAAUCCCAAGGAGCGCAUUAAUGAGCAUGCAACCAUUAGCAUACCGCUCCAGGCUAUGCGCCCUAUGGGUGAACAACAUACGCUCUACAAGCUACUCUUUCGCAUCAAGCUGCUGCCACAGAGCUGCACCGAUGAACUGGCGGGUGAGUGCACGCCGCCCAGCAAGCGUUCGCGUGAUAGCGAAAAGAUUUAUGGCUCCGAGCUAAUUUUAUAUGAAAAAUCUAGUGGCCUUAUAGCCGAAGGCGAGUACGAAGCCAUGCUGCAACCUCUGAACUCGUCAAGCAUUAAAUCAUUCUCACCAAAGAAAUGCACCUGGGAGACUAUGCCCGAAAGCUACAUUCCACUAUCGCUCAGUUAUGAUGUGUAUCAACAAAGUCCCAUGCUCAAAUUCCAUUUGACUUUGUCUAACGAGCAGUUGCCUGAUAGUAUUGCGGCCUCAGAGCUGCAACGAUAUGUGCAGCAUCUGGAUUCCGAAACCGAGCAUAACAAUAAUAACAAUAACAACAAUAACAAUCAUUGCAGUGGCCUUAAGCAUGGAAACAAUUGCAAGACCACACAAGAACAUAUACAAAUUGUUUAUAAUUUUAUGUACAGCAAUAAUACACGCCAGCAGACUGAGUACACCCAAGAGCUCAAUUGUCCCUGGUGUGGUCUGGACUGUCUGCGUUUAUAUGCACUGCUCAAGCAUUUAAAGCUGUGCCAUGCGCGAUUCAACUUUACCUAUCAGCCUGCGGGCAGUGGUGCGCGUAUUGAUGUCACCAUCAAUGAUGCCUACGACGGCUCCUAUGCGGGCUCACCAUAUGAUCUAGCAGGUCCUUCGGGCUCCUCAUUUGCCCGCACCUGUGGACCGGUGCGACGCACCUCUGUGACCAGUCUAAUGGUGUGUCGUCCCAGGCGACAAAAGACUUGUCUGGAUGAAUUUCUGGAGCUGGACGAGGAUGAUAUUAGCAAUCAACGCUCGUAUAUAACUGGGCACAACAGACUUUAUCAUCACACGGAGACCUGCCUACCUGUGCAUCCCAAAGAGUUGGACAUUGACUCGGAGGGUGAGAGUGAUCCGCUUUGGUUGCGCCAAAAGACCAUACAAAUGAUUGAUGAGUUCUCUGAUGUCAAUGAGGGUGAAAAGGAGCUAAUGAAAUUGUGGAAUCUACAUGUGAUGCGUCAUGGUUUUGUGGGCGACUGUCAGCUGCCGCUUGCCUGCGAAAUGUUUCUUGACGCCAAAGGCCAUGAGAUAGUGCGCAAGAAUCUCUAUCGCAAUUUCAUAUUGCACAUGUGUUCGCUCUUUGACUACGGCCUAAUUGCGGCAGAAACCGUCUACAAAACAGUACAGAAACUGCAGGGCAUGCUCAGCAAAUAUGCCGCCGGUCAGGAGCUGAUGCAGCGUCAGCGCGAAUCGCAGCUCAGAUACUGGAUGGAUGUGGGUAUGCACAAGAAGCAAGACGAACUAAAGCAUAAGUCACCGCAAAAGCCAGCGCCCAAUGCAAAUAAUGACAACGCUACUACCUCAGCGGGCAGCGCCGCCAGCGCCAUGCAACCGCCCAAGCGCAUGCCUGCCAAUCUUAAACGCGCCAAUGCAUCAAGUGCUGCCGCCGCUGCUGCUGCGGCUGCCGCCCAGGAUAAUGCUGCCAGCAAUGGUAAUAACAGUAAGAAUGUGGCCAAGAAAAGCGCUGAUCAGCCGCUGGUCAACAAUGUGGCCAAUACACGUGAACGACGCUCAGAGCAGAGCGUCAAACGCAGCGCCAGCGGUGCACGCCUCAGUGCACCGGAAAGCAGAACUGCCAGCGCCAUUAGUAAGCGCAAGCUAAACGCUAAAGAAACGCCGCCAUUGGGCAAGAGGCAACGCUAUAGUGACAGCAGUUACGGACCUGGAAUUGGGGGCGCUUCAAACACUCGCAAUAAAAGCAAUAAUCAUACACUGCCAGCAACUAGCAACAAUCAACGUCGCUCCAACACCGCCAACGAGCGCACCAGAUCAAAUAGCACAGCUGGACAGGCGGCUCAUGGUUUGCGCACGCGUCUCUCAAUGCCUCUGACCAAAUACGAGAGACGCUGACGCAAGCGACGCUUGUGCAGCUGUUGCAGCUACUAAGAAAUUUGAAUAAUGACCAGGUGUGCUUUGUUAAGCGAGUCUUUAUUAUUAUAUUUUGUAAUUUUUAUUAUAUUUUUUCUAUUUUGUUGUGUUGUGUGGUUGGACUUUUUGUAAAUGUUGAGAGCGCAAACUCAAUGCAAUAAAACUCACAAACGCAUUAUUUUUAUCAAUUGUUCAAUAUAUGUAAUGCAAAUGCAAUUGCAAGCUACUUAACUUAUCAUUAAGAUAUUCAUUUAAUUGUACUUUGAACUUGCUGUAGAAUGCAUGCAGUUUUUCUUAGCAUAAGACCAACUGUAAUUUAGCGAAGAUGACAAAGAAAGAUCUAUUAUGAAUAUAUGUAUUUAGGAUUAGACAGCAUGUAAGUGCUAAAGUAUACCAACUGCAAAGAAACCAAUUGACAAACAAUUUAGGUAUUAAUUCAACAAUAUUAGGAUCGCCGAAUAAAACUUUUGCAUAAAU